AUGGGACUAUGGCACCAAUCUAUUGACCCAGGACGGAUGAAAGCCUUGGUAGAACUGGAGGCGGAGGCGGAGAUAGUAGCGGAGGCAGAGCCUCAUUUCGAAUUUCUCCCUACAGAAUUACUCUGCCGCAUUUUUAAUUAUCUAGAACUAAAGGAACGUGGAAUAGCAGAACGGGUGUGCUCAAGAUGGCACAGUGUCCUGACGUCACGAGAUUGUCCCCUAGCUGAUGUAGUAGUGGUAAACCUGUUUGAGCCUAGCGUUUGGGUGGAUACCAUCGCAAAAAAUCGUUAUACAACGGUAAAAGGUACGUUUGUGAAAGAUUUCGAUGGAUUACGUAAUGUUUUCCACCAUAUAUCGACUGCUCAUACCGCUAAGCUAUGGUUCCAUACAGAAGUGUUUGCUAGGAAAUGUAUCGAUAUGGUUGCCGAAUUUUUGGAUGUUAAAUGCGUGGACGUCUAUCCAUACGCUAAUGUACAUAUUCUACCUUAUCUACAAAAGAAGCUCCCUCAUUUAUCCGCUCUAAAUAUGCGACCACAUUCAAACCAAUUUCAUGCAUGUGGUCUACAGUUGCCCUCUUUUCCGGAUUUUUCAAAGCUUACUACGCUUAUACUCGACAACUACGGUGUGGAAGCCGAUUUUGAUCUUCCAAAAACUGUGACGUCAUUGGAUUAUUCGAAAAGGGAACAAACACAUUAUCGUGCUCUUUUGCCGAAAUUGUUACAUCUUAGGAAUCUUGAAUACUUUACUUUAUCACAUGCGGAUAUGUCACUACCGGAUGACUUCAACGCAUUUGUACGUACGGUUUCCAGCGUUCACCUUCCAAAGUUGACCAUUUUGACUUUACGUAUGUGUAAGAUCUGUGCACUCACCCUCCACGAGGAUGAGGUUGGUAUGAACUUGAAAAUGAUCAAAUUCGACUUGUGUUAUGGAAAUAUCGCAUCGUCUAUUAGAGACUUUCUUAGUUUCAACCCGAAGCUGAGCAUCUUAGCUUUGAAUGUGUUGUGCAAUCGAGAAUCCCUGGAUAUCGCUUGCAAUGUUUGUUGUGAGCUUCGAAGAAGAAGGAUUGGUCUGCACCUUUCUAUUUUGCAGAACUAUCCAGAACCGAAAUCAUUUGAAUCUCCAUUUCUCGAUCUAAAACCACCCACUUCUUUGUUCUAUGUUUUAACGAAGUUCGAGGCUUCGUUUGUAGAGGACAUAGUUUUAUUUCGCACUUUAUUAAUGUCAGGGACGUUCAAGGUGCUCCGUGAAUGUAAAUUUGUUGAAUGCGAUGCUUUAACAAGCGGAGUUUUGCAACAUUUGUCAGAGUCAGCUCCAACUAUCCGAAAAAUUGGUGUGCUUUCUUGUACGAAACCGAAAGACACGGAUGUAAUAAUGUUCAUUGCAAGUAUAUCUGCGAGAACAACUCCUCAUUUACAGAUAACGUGGAGAAGAGAUCGUCGAAUUGGAAGCCUCGCAGCCUGUUAUUUGGCCUUAGUACAUGAGCAUCGAGAGUUGAUAAAAGGGAAAAAAGCACGAUUUUUUGCAAAGACCUUCUCAGAAUCUGAGGAAGGCGAAGAAAUUGUGAUUUGGGAGCGAGAGACUGGGAAAUCGAUUCAAAUUCGGGACUACAACGAUCACCAGAAAUACCGCACUCUUGGAUUUAUCAUUGGCGUUGAACCAGUUCAGGAAGAUGCACCAACAGCUGUUAUGAAUGAACUAAUGUCAAAGUUGGAAUGCUCGUAA